AUGAUAAUAUUUGCAUUUUGGAAGGUCCUUCUGAUCUUCAACUGCCUUGCAGGUCAGGUUAGCUUGGUUCAGGUGACCAUCCCAGACAGUUUCAUGAAUGUGACUGUUGGAUCUAAUGUCACUCUUCUCUGCCACUAUACCACCACUGUGACGUCCCUGGACAAGCUUACAAUACAAUGGUCUUUCUUCCACAAUAAGGACAUGGAGCCAGUUUCUCAUGGCUCGCGCCCCAAUACUGAGGGUAUGGAGGAAAAGGCAGUCAGUCAGUGUCUAAAAAUGGUGCAUGCAAGAGACGCUCGGGGAAGAUGUAGCUGGACCUCUCAGAUUUACUACUCUGAAGGUGGGCAAGCUUCGGCUAUUGGGCAAUUCAAGGAUCGAAUUAUAGGAUGGAAUAAUCCAGGUAAUGCAUCGAUUACCAUAUUGCAUAUGCAACCAGUGGACAGUGGAAUUUACAUCUGUGAUGUCAACAAUCCUCCAGAUUUUGCUGGCAAAAACCAAGGCAUCCUUGAUGUCACUGUGUUAGUCAAACCUUCCAAGUCCCUUUGUAGCAUCCAGAGAAGACCAGAAGCAGGCCACCCUAUUUCCCUGUCUUGCCUUUCUGCCUUUGGAACACCAUCUCCUAUGUAUUACUGGGCUAAGAUUGAGGGAAACACCAUUGUUCCAGUAAAAGAAAGCUUCAACUCGGCCACUGGAAUUCUGGCUAUCGGAAAUCUGACAAAUUUUGAAAAAGGUUAUUACCAGUGUACUGCUGUCAACAGUCUCGGCAAUAGUUCCUGUGAAAUUGACUUAACCUCUCCACAUCCAGAAGUUGGGGUCAUCAUUGGUGCCUUGGUUGGUGCCCUGAUAGGCAUUGCUGUCAUCGUCUCUGUGGUGUUCUUUGCAAGGAGCAAAGUUAAAUCAAAGCAAAGGAAGAGGAAUUUAGACCCCAGCACGGAACUUGAACCAAUGACAAAGGCAAGCCAUUCCCGAGACAAUGAAGCAAUUCCACCUGAAGUCAUCCAGCUAGGAGUAAAUCUGCAAUCUUCCACCGGUGAUGCCCACAACACCGAACCUACCACUUCCAUCUUAGGGCCUGACCAGCUUAAAACCGCCACCAAGCCUAACACUGAACCAGUGCGUAUGCUAGUGCCCGAGAUGGAGAUUCACCUGGAGCCGGAGCUGGAGCUGGAGCUGGAGACUGAGACAGAGCCUGAGUUGGAGUCCGAGACCGGAAUUAUGGUUGGGUCUCUGCAUGAGGAGGGAAAUGUUACAGUUAAAGCAUAAGCAUAGAGAGGCACAGCAUUAAGCAUAGCAAUUCUCACUUAGGAACCCAUUCCUGGCCUUCAAGAUUCGGUGGACUUAACCAGCCCCCAGCUUGUCUUUCCAUCACGGACAGCCCAUAUCUAACAACCUGCUUAUAUUCACCAUUAACCCAAAAUAAAUAAAUCAAGGUAACACUAAAGAAAUGAAAAGGUUUCUUUGUUCUUGGUAUAGACUACUUAAAACUGUACUAACAUGUAAACAUAACAAAUGACAAGGCCAAGAUGAGUGGUUCAUUUCUAAUUUAGAGUAUUUGCAAAAGCAUUUUCUAUAUUUUGUAGUCACUCUUUCUCAUGGUUCACAUGUACACAUGAUAAAGUUGAAUUCAUUUCGUUGAAUAUUUUAGGAUUACUUGUCUUCCCCAUUCGUUUUUUAUAUUUACCACUAAGAAAAUAAUUUAACACUAAUUGUUCCUAAAUUAGAAAAAAAAUUUUCCCUAAAUAAGAGGGUAUGUAUCAAUUGAUACAUACAAUCUAAAACAAAGUCUUACAAUUUAUCAUGUUAAAUCUUUAAUAAAUCAAUUCAGUGUCCAAAACUUGAGCAUAGCAAUGUUUUGAUAACUUAUUUUUCCCUGCCAAAUGGUGUACAGGCAAACAAUUUAGAAUAAACUUUUCUUGGUGAACAUAAAGUGUUGGUAUUGAGGCAGUUUAGAAUAUAUCCUUGAAUAAGCUAUAUGGUAUCACCGUCUGAUGCUAUUUGUUUUGGUGGUGGGCUAGAUAAACUAAACUGGCAAUCUAAACAAUCUGUUUGCUGUUUCUAUAGUCCAUGUUAAUAGAAACAUCACUCCUAUGUAAAUGAUAAACAAUAAGUGAAUGCAUUGAAAAAAAUCCCUUCACUUUAAAAAAGCUUUUUUAUGAUCAUAUUUCACUGAUACCCUACUCUGAAGAAAUUUACAGAUUUACUUUUUUGUACUUGUGUAAUCAAUCACAACUGAAAUAUUAAGGCUCAAUGAAUAAUACUCAAUAAAACUCAUUUAGUGGCUACUAAGAUAAAUACUUUUUAAUAACUAUUGUCAUACAAUGUAUGUACUAUAAGCUGUAUCUUUUUUAAUUGUAUAAUUUGAUGAGUUUUGACAGUUGUACACGC